AUGAAAGUCAUUACAGACACCAUAUUGAAAGUUAGAAGAAGCAUAAUGGCACCUUCUACAGACUGGGAUGAGAUCAAAAGAUUAGCUGCAGAUUUUCAAAAAGCUCAGUUGAGCUCCACUUCUCAAAGAUUAUCUGAGAGAAACUGCAUAGAAAUUGUUACAAAAUUAAUAGAAUUGAAACUUCUGGAUGUAAUUUUUACAACAGAUGGUAAAGAGUACCUUACCUCUCAGCAACUUGUGAAAGAAAUAAGAGAUGAAUUAUAUGUGCAUGGUGGCCGGAUAAACACAGUGGACUUGGCUAAAGAGCUAAAUGUAGAUUUAAAUCAAAUCAAUACCAGUGUCUCUGAAAUAAUAAAAGGAAAAGAAGUACAGUUAGUGUCUGGCUAUUUGAUAGCAAGUUAUUACUUGGAGAAAAUAGCAAGGGAAAUAAAUGAAAAAUUGCAAUUGCAAGGACAAAUAACUGUAGGAGAAUUAACAUUACAAUAUGACCUGCCAGCUGAUUUAUUACAACACAGUGUUUUGGAGAAGUAUUUGGGCAAAAUUAUUAUUGGCAAACAAGAUGCUUCUGAACCAAGAACUUUCUAUACAGAAGAGUAUAUAACAAGAACCAAGGCAAAAAUCAAAGGAGCUUUAACAGGUCUCUUAAAGCCAACUCCUGUAACAGUGAUUGUCAAUCAUUGUAAUAUGGCAGAACGCUUAUUCAUGAUGUUAUUUGAUCAAUUGUGUGCUCCUGGUGUAUUGACUGGGCGUCAAGCAGGUGCAUUAUACGUGCCAUCAUGUUACACCAAAUCUCAAAAUGACUGGGUAGUCAACUUUUUCAAACAAAACAACUACCUAGAAUAUGAUGCAAUAUCUAGGCUAGGAAUAUCAGACCCUAAAGGCUAUGUUAAAAGAACUUUGACAAAUAAAGACUUAACUUUUCUCAGCACAUGUGUUAUAGGAUCACAAAUAAAGCAGCAUCUGGAGACAGCUUUAGAGGAGUGUAUUUCAUCUAAAAGUUAUUUGGAUGUUGUUUCUUUGCUUCCUUCUGUUCUAUCCAGCACAGACAUUGAAAAUAUCUUAGAGUCUCUUUUAAAAAAUAAUACUAAAUCUACCAUUUUAUUUGAUAAUACAGUUUUCAGUAACAAUUACAUAGAGCAGUUGAAACAAAAUUGCUUGCCUAUGGUACAGAAAAAAGCUGAAAACAUUGUCAAAUCUGGACAAUAUCAGCAGUUCCAUUUGGAGAGACAAAUAAGCAGGUCAGCUGAAAUGACACAACACAGCCACGUGGACCACAAAGCUGAAAGACGAGAGGAGCGCAGAAGAAAAGCUGCAUCAGGGAAGGGUGGUGGUGGCACUCAAGGAAGAGAAACUAAAACAAAAGCAGUAAAGAAGCAUCAAAGAUCAAAGCAAAUUGCCAAUGAUUCAGACUCUGAUGAAUCAUCUAAUGUAAUAAAAAAAACCCAAGCCGAGUUAGAAAUUGUGUCAGUUGAUGAUGUAGAAAAUAAAAUCAGGGUAACAUUAGAAAAUGAAGGUCUGGACGAUUUAGUAACUCAAGUUGCAGAAUUUCUGCAAAAGAGUCUGAAUCAGACUGCAUUAGAAAUAGCAAAGGUUACAGCAGAAAAACUUCUACAAGAUGCCAGUCAGAAUAGAAAACAAACUCACACAACAGCUCAAGAUAAAAUUAACAUUCUAGUUAAUGACAUAAAAUUGUUUGAAAAAGGUUUAAAAUUAUUGCCUCCUGACCAGCAAUCAAACUUUAUAAAAUAUCUUUUGAAGAGCUUAGGUGGUGAUGUACUUGCAGAAUUUUGCAAAUAUGCUGCGAAUCAAUGCAACCUUUCAUUGCAAGUUGACACAUUAACUGUUGAGCAGAGGAACAAAAUUAUUCAUGAUUUAUCAGAUGAAUACAAAAAACCACUAUCUGCAUUAAAUGCAGUAUUGAGUGAACAGAAUAUUGAAUCGUUUUAUGUAGCUGUUGAUGCCAGUUUGGCAGUAUGUGGUAUGAUUUUAAAAAAAGUGGACAAAAAGAAGGACAAGCUUUUGAUUCAAAACCACAGAGAAAAACUGAUCUCUGAAUUAGAGAAUUGUGAUGACCCUGCAUUAAGCCUCCACAUCGCGGUCUUGGCAAUAUUCACCAUAGUGACACAAAACAUGCUUCAUGCAUCUGGUAGACUAGUGCCUGCAAUAACAUUAUAUUUGAAAUCUCAUGUCAAGGAAGAACAAUUUCAACAACUUCAAACAUGUCAAGAAUUGGUCACAAAAUAUUUAACUGCUGCUGAUGAACAGAAAACAGAACUGGAGGAGAAACUAAGAAAUACUUUGCCUAUCUUGAAGGAGAUGGUUCAAGAAAUAAAAAAACAAAAGUGA